AUGCACACCCUCGUGUUCCUGAGCACACGGCAGGUGCUCCAGUGCCAGCCGGCCGCCUGCCAGGCCCUGCCCUUGCUGCCACGAGAGCUCUUCCCCUUGCUGUUCAAAGUGGCCUUCAUGGACAAGAAGACAGUAGUGCUGCGUGAGCUGGUGCACACUUGGCCUUUCCCGCUGCUCAGCUUCCAGCAGCUGCUGCAGGAGUGUGCCCACUGCAGCCGGGCCCUGCUGCAGGAGCGGCCCAGCACAGAGAGCAUGCAAGCUGUGAUCCUGGGCCUGACUGCCCGACUCCACACCCCGGAGACUGAGGCUGGCACGCAGCCCCUCUGCAGGAAGCAUGCGCUGCGGGUGCUGGAUAUGACGGGCCUCCUGGAUGACGGCGUGGAGCAGGACCCUGGCACCAUGAGCAUGUGGGAUUGCACGGCAGCUGUGGCCCGCACGUGCAUCGCACAGCAGCAGGGCAGGACUGCAGAGCCUGGCCUGGCCCCUGUUCCUGUGGAGGUUCGUGUGGACCUGCGGGUAAACCGGGCUUCCUAUGCAUUCUUGCGGGAGGCACUCCGCAGCAGCGUAGGCAGCCCGCUGCGGCUCUGCUGUCGGGACCUGCGGGCUGAGGACCUGCCCAUGCGCAAUACCGUGGCCCUACUGCAGCUUCUGGAUGCAGGCUGCUUGCGCCGCGUGGACCUGCGCUUCAACAACUUGGGCCUGCGUGGCCUGUCCGUCAUCAUCCCACACGUGGCCCGCUUCCAGCACCUGGCCAGCCUGCGGCUGCACUAUGUACAUGGGGAUUCUCGGCAGCCCUCGGUGGAUGGUGAGGAUAACUUCCGCUACUUUCUGGCCCAGAUGGGCCGCUUCACCUGUCUGCGGGAGCUCAGCAUGGGCUCCUCUCUCCUCUCAGGGCGGCUGGACCAGCUGCUCAGCACCCUGCAGAGCCCCCUGGAGAGCCUGGAGCUAGCCUUCUGUGCCCUGCUGCCUGAGGACCUGCGUUUUCUGGCACGGAGCUCCCAUGCUGUCCACCUCAAGAAGUUGGACCUGAGUGGCAACGACCUGUCUGGGAGCCAGCUGGAGCCCUUUCAGGGUCUAUUGCAGGCAGCAGCAGCCACACUGUUGCACCUCGAGCUGACCGAGUGCCAGCUUGCUGAUACCCAGCUGCUGGCCACACUCCCUGUGCUGACUCGUUGUGCCAGCCUCCGCUACCUCGGCCUCUACGGCAACCCGCUGUCCGUGGCAGGACUCAGGGAGCUACUGCGGGACUCAGUGGUGCAGGCUGAGCUGCGCACAGUGGUGCACCCUUUCCCCGUGGACUGCUAUGAGGGCCUGCCCUGGCCCCCGCCUGCCUCUGUCCUCCUGGAAGCCUCUAUCAAUGAGGAGAAGUUUGCCCGUGUGGAGGCCGAGUUGCACCAGUUGCUAUUGGCCUCAGGCCGUGCACACGUGCUCUGGACCACAGACAUCUACGGGCGCCUGGCUGCAGACUACUUCAGCCUGUGA